CCGAAGCGCUGAGACCGACUCGUUCCAUAUCUUAGGCGCGACUCCCGUCCCCGAAAUCCACCCUCCAGCCGCCUCAUCGUCGCGCUUCUUCGUUGAAGUUACUCCGUUGGCGGUGAUCUCCGCCUGCUAGCAAUGAUGAUGGCGCAACCGUUUCCCGCUCAAGGCAUCCCGCAACAUGGUAUGCCCCCCGGUCACCACCCAAUGGCAGGCCAACACCCCAACGCUGGACAUCCCGGUGGAAUGGUCCAGCAAAUGCAUCCCGGGGUGUCCGGACCUGGUGGUCCUCAGGUGAGCCAAGCAGGGCCCAUGAUGGGUGCAAUGCCCCCGGGCGCCAACGGUGGUCAAGGUGGUCCCGGAAUGCCUAACGCUCAUGCUCUUUCCCAUCUCAACCCUGCGCAGGCGCAUCUCUUCCAGCAACAGGGGUUCCCUCAAAACUUCGUGAACAACCCUCAAUUCAAUGUGCAGCAGCAGCAGCAACAGCAGCAGCAACAUCAGUUUAUGCGGCAGCGAAUGCUGAUCCAACAACAGCAGCAACAACAACACCAACAUCAGCAGCAGCAGCAGCAGCAGCAGCAGCAACAACAACAACAACAACAGCAGCAGCAGCAGCAACAGCAACAACAACAACAGCAUGGGGGUCUACCUGUAUCAUUACCCAAUGGUACUCAGGGGCUAAACGCUGCGCAACUGGCUGCCAUGCAGCAAGCCAAUCCAGGCAUGCGGCCCGUAAACAUGGGAAUGCACAUGGGACAGCAGGUGCCGCACGGCCAGGCACAAAACAUUCAGCAGCAACAGAUGUUUGCCAUCCAGCAGGCCCAGGUCCAAGCGCAACAAGCACAGCAGGCGCAGCAACAAGCACAGCAGCAGGCGCAAGCGAAUAAUGGCCAGCCGGGCCAGCAUACCCCUCAACGCUCCUCAGCACAACCCCCGAAUAUGCACGAAGCGCCAGUGGGGACGCCACAAUCCCAGCAUGGUCCACCACAGAGUGGUACUCCUCAGCCCAAUCAGUCCUCUCAACCGCCCUCAACUCAACCUCCCCAGUCGCAGGGCGGCGGUCAGUCCCAAGUGACUCCCAAUCCACAGCCGCAGCAGUUGCCACCGUCCCAGCAACAGCCUCAGCAAGGUACCCCGGGUCAGCAACCUGCCCAGCAAAACCAACAGGCAAUGGCUACCCAGGAAGCCCAAAUUAAAGCACAGCAGAACGCCAUCAUGUUACAAAGAAUGAACCAGCAACGGCAGCAGCAGCAGCAGAAUACCCCAGUCAUGAUUCUCACCAGCUACGCCGAAAACUUGAGCGGUUUCAAGAGUCGUGAUGAGACUACCGAUUACGCGUAUUGGUCGGCCUUCGUUGACCGAUUCUAUUCGCCAGCCGGUGUGUUGCGCCAGGGAGUCUGGAGCAGCCAGACUGGAUCAAAACAAUUCGAAAUUUCGACCCCGGCCCUGGCACGGUACUAUCUUACCCAAUUCACAAGUGGGAUCGACCAUAUACAAAUGGUUCUGGAUGGCGCCCGGGAGCGCGAAGUCCCAGGUGGCGGUGGUGCGCAUGUUGUUGAAUGUCAACGCGCUUCUUUCAUAUAUUGGUACACGAAUGAAAGUCAGGUUUUUCACAAGGGACAGCUGCGCGCCCACUUUGACGCCAACAACAAGAUUGAGAUGCUGGACAUAACGGUCACCAGUCACAAUGAGUUUAUUCCCCGCAACCAACUUCUGGAGGCGAUGGAGCAAAAGCAGAGCCCCAAGUUAGCUAAAAGUGCUGCCAAGAGAGCGCAGAAGCAAGCGCAGUCAAUAACGCUCCCCGAGUCUAUGGUUACUCCGAACGGCCUCCCUACGCCGGUGAUUCAAUUUCUAGAGGUUGCCGAAACGAUGUCACAGAUGCAAAUGCUCUUUAACUUUUCUGCGCAACACUCGCAGUUGUCGGCAACAGACGCCCUCCGAGGUCUUGUCAGUAACUUCAACCAAAACGCGAACCCCAAUAUGGGCUUUGCAGCCCCUAUGAACCCUGGCAUGCAGCCCAUGCCUCGUGGCCCUAAUAUGGGUCCUCCCUCCCAAUUCGCUUCUCCUGCAAUGGCCCAUCUUGGCCUACCGGGGGCUCAAGGCUCGCCUCACCUGACUGGGUCAGCCCAUGCGAGCCCUGCUCAGAGCCAGCUUGCCGGCCCACCUGGAAUGCAAGUUCAGUCAUCCCCAGUCGGUGUGAACAACAGUCCGAACGUCGGUGGUAACAAGCGCCGACGAGCCAGCACUGUCAAGCAAGAAAAUGACGAUAAUGGCUCGGUUGAAGUGAAUGGCAAUGCGCCAGGAUCGGGCAAGGUCAAGAACUCCCGGGUGCCUAAACGGCAGAAGGGAGCAGCAGCCUAAGCCGUCGAAAUUGUAUUUCGCAUUGAAAUGCUAAUCAUUUUGUUUUUCACGUUUCAUCAUUUCCAAGAAUUGGGGAAAUCGGCGCACGAUUUGAUACCAGGGCGAGGCAUUUUCUAUUCGCCCCUUUUUUUGUCUUUCCUGUCCAUUUUAUUUUCUCCGGGCUCUGGUGUUCUAUCAGAAGGUCUCAUCUGCUCUUUCUCACUUUCGGUACUCUGACGAUCAAAUCUGUUACCUCCGAUGAGGCUUAAUCGACUGCCUAUCUUAUUGAUGACUUUCAAUUGUCCUCAAGUGGUGGCACCUAUGCCCCAUCGAUUUCGACCUCUGCUCCGACUCUAAUGUACUCUAUCUCCCUUUUCAGCGUUUCUUUUAGUUGGCCCGGAAAUCAUUGCUUGAUUUUUUACACGUGCUUUCUUUGGGAUUUUCUUUGCCCUGGGGGUUGAUGAUUUUUGGAUUGGUGUGUUUAUAUGGGCGUUUGCCCUUUGCUUCUGGCCUCCUGGACGAAGGCCAAAAUCUUGAUAUCCGUGUUGGCGAUCGCACUUGGCGUCAGGCUUUUUGUUAUCUGGAAAUAUGUCUACGUGCAUUUGUGUGGGGGUUCUAUUCUGGUUCUUGAGAAUCUUAAUGACUCUUUUCCCUUCGGGGCUCAUUGUUUUGCCGUUAUUUGACGAAUCCAUACAUAUCCCAGCAAUCUGCGUGAACA